AUGAAGUUGACUCUAGCGGUUCCAUUUCUCGCAGCCGGCGCAACGGCCGCUGUCGUCAAUCAGACCACCUGCGGUGAUACCACGUACCAGUAUACCGGACUGGCUGGUUACGGCUUCAUUCCUUCAAACGCCACCGAUAAAUAUGGCGACACAAUUGGAGGCAUCGGGAGCUCCAUCGCAAUCGACCAGUCAUCCUGGCGCAAGCUAGGUAAAGACGGAUACGCAGGAACUCUCUACACCGUCCCGGAUCGAGGCUGGAACACCAACGGUACAUUGAAUUUCCAAAACCGCAUCCAGAAAUUCGGCAUCUCCCUCAAACUAGCCCCCAACGCCUCCGCCUCCAACCCAUCAACCCCCAACAUCCGCCUCAGGUACGAGGAUACAAUCCUCCUCACAGGCCCAGACGGCGAACCAACCACAGUCGCAACAUACAAGGGUAAUGGCUUCGGCGGCCCCGGCAAGGGUGGCCGGCGCGUCUCCGUUGACUCAGAGGGCCUGGCCCUCGAUCCGAACGGCGGAUUCUGGGUCUCGGACGAGUAUGGACCGUACGUGUACAAGUUCAGCGCAUCCGGACGCAUGGAGCACGCGAUCCAACCACCACAAGCAUUCCUGCCUCGCCGCAACGGCUCUAUCAGCUUCAAUUCCAACACCCCGCCACUCUAUAACCCCAAUGAGAUCCCCGAUCCGGAAGAUACCCAGUCUGGCCGUGCUAAUAACCAGGGUUUCGAAGGACUGACUAUUUCUGCCGACGGAAAGACGCUCUAUACGCUUAUUCAGAGCGCGCUGGAUCAGGAGGGUGGUCCGGGUAAAUCAUCUCGGGGAUCUGCCCGCUUGAUUGCGUAUGAUAUCUCGACGUCCAAGCCAGAGUAUAUUCAUGAAUGGGUCGUGAUCUUACCCAAAUAUGACGAUCCGGCGAAGUCCAAGCCUGUUGUUGCGGCGCAGUCGGAAAUCCACCAAUUGCCCAGCGGCGAUUUCCUAGUCCUCGCGCGCGAUUCGGGACACGGGCGUGGUCAGGAAGAAUCGCGGUCUUUGUAUAGACAUGCAGACGUUUUCUCUGUUAAGGGGGAUGCGACGGAUGUGAAGGGGAAGAAGAACUAUGAUUCUGUGAAGGGGGCGAUCGCUUCUUCUGAAGGGGUUCUUGAUUCGGAUAUCACUCCUGCGCAGUAUUGUUCCUUCCUGGACUAUAAUGUUGAGAGUGAACUUGCUAAAUUUGGGCUGCAUAAUGGGGGUUCGCAGGAUCGGUUUUUGCUCAAUGAGAAAUGGGAGAGCUUGGCGGUUGUUCCUGCUAACCCCAAUGCGGAGGGAGGAGAUGAGUAUAUUCUCCUUAGUGUUAGUGAUAAUGAUUUUAUCACCCAAGAUGGACAUAUGAACUUUGGAAAGUUCCGUUAUAGCGAUGAAUCUGGCUUCAAUUUGGAUACCCAGGUUCUCGCUUUCCACCUGAAGAUUUAA